ACUUGUGAUCUCUCUCUGUCAGAUAAAUAAAUAAAAUCUUAAAAAAAAACCAAAAAACCUACAAGAGUAAUUCACCCAUUUCAUAGCUUUAGUCCACUGAUUUAAAUUUUUCUCUCAUCACUAAACGUCCAGUUAAGUAAUUAAAAUUUCAGGUGUCAUUGUGAGAGAUUUUAUAUUUGCUCUUAUUUGGUUAUAUUACUGUCUUUCAUAUUGCUUGGUGGAAGAAGCUCCUUCAAUACUGUUUAAUGAAAUUUCUUUUCCAUUAUAAGACACAGAUGUUAAAAAAAACAGUAUAUCUUAAUCUAUCUUAAUCUUUUAAUAGUAGAUUUGGAGAAACAUGAAAAGGGUCAAUUCAUUCUUUCUCUAGACUUUAAAUCUUUCAGACACCAUUCUUUGCAAAGAUUGACUUUGCCUCAGCAUCAAAAAACUCUUCAUCAGAGAUUGGUUCCUGUGUGUCAUAUGGUUUACAAGUCAGUGGGAAUUAAGCACAGCACAUACAAGCUGAAAAGCCAGAAAGGGAAAUGUAUUCCUUCUCUUGACAGUUCUAAUCUAACUUGGCUAAAGCCAGUUUUUAGGUUAACUUGGGCAGAAAAGUGAAGAGAAUGCUGCACUUUAACCGAUGUCCGCAUCUGAAACAAAUAGCCCAGAAAUGUUUUUCUAGAAUACAUGUUAGAACGGAUAAACAUGUGCAGCUGUUUCUUUCAAGAACCUUUGCACUUGCAGAAUUCAGGAAGUCGUGGCACUCAACCCACUCUCUUGUUGGAGACAAAAAUAUUAUCCUGAUGGGACCGCCUGGCGCUGGGAAAACAACAGUAGGCAGAAUAAUAGGUCAGAAACUAGGUUGUUGUGUCAUAGAUGUGGAUGAUGAUAUCCUUGAAAAAACCUGGAAUAUGAGUGUGUCUGAAAAAUUACAGGAUGUUGGUAACGAGCAAUUUUUAGAAGAGGAAGGAAAAGCCGUGUUAAACUUCUCUACAUCUGGAAGUGUGAUUUCCCUUACGGGGUCCAAUCCAAUGCACGAUGCUAGCAUGUGGCAUCUGAAGAAAAAUGGGAUAAUUGUAUACCUGGAUGUACCUCUGAUAGAUAUAGUCAGCCGCUUAAAAUUAAUGAAAAUCGAUAGGAUUGUAGGUCAGGAUGCUGGAACACCUAUGAAAGACUUACUGAAGUUUAGAAGACAAUAUUAUAAGAAGUGGUAUGACACCCGGGUUUUCUGUGAAAGUGGGGCUUCCCCAGAGGAGGUCGCCGACAAAGUGCUCUGUGCAGUCAAACGGUACCAAGAUGUGGACUCAGAAACGUUCGUUUCCACGAGACACAUUUGGCCCAAAGACAAUGAACGGAAGGUUUCAACAAAAUUCUUCAGCGAAGCAGUGAUCGAGGGGUUAGCUUCUGAUGGUGGACUCUUUGUCCCUGAGAAAGAGUUUCCGAAAUUAAGCUGCGGGGAGUGGAAAAGCCUCGUAGGAGCCACCUACAUAGAAAGGGCCCAGAUCCUUCUGGAAAAGUGUAUCCACCCCGCUGACGUACCUGCCGCCAGACUGGGAGAAAUGAUCGAGGCUGCUUAUGGGGAAAACUUCGCCUGCUCAAAAAUUGCCCCCGUCAGGCACCUCUCAGGCAACCAGUUCAUCCUGGAGUUGUUUCACGGACCCACAGGGUCAUUUAAAGAUUUGUCUUUGCAGCUCAUGCCUCAUCUUUUUGCACACUGUAUUCCGCCAAGUUGCAACUAUAUGAUCCUUGUAGCUACUUCCGGAGACACCGGGAGCGCGGUCUUAAACGGUUUUAGCCGUAUUAGUAAGAAUGAUAAGCGAAGAAUAGCUGUGGCCACAUUUUUUCCCGAGAACGGUGUAAGUGACUUUCAGAAAGCACAAAUAAUUGGCAGUCAGAAAGAAAAUGGAUGGGCAGUGGGCGUCAAGUCCAAUUUCGAUUUUUGCCAGACAGCCGUCAAAGGAAUUUUUAGAGAUUCUGAUUUUACUGGCUUUCUUAUUAUGGAAUAUGGAACAGUCUUAAGUUCAGCUAAUUCCAUAAACUGGGGCCGACUGCUUCCCCAAGUAGUUUAUCAUGCUUCUGCAUAUCUUGAUCUUGUUAGCCAAGGAUUUAUUUCCUUUGGAAGCCCGGUCGAUGUCUGUAUUCCCACAGGAAACUUCGGUAACAUUUUAGCGGCAGUGUAUGCCAAAAUGAUGGGAAUCCCUAUUCGCAAAUUUAUUUGUGCCUCUAAUCAGAACCACGUUUUGACCGAUUUUAUAAAAACAGGACACUACGAUCUAAGGGAAAGAAAAUUAACACAAACCUUUUCACCAGCAAUCGAUAUUCUUAAAGCUUCAAACCUGGAACGACAUUUGCACUUGAUGGCUGAUAAAGACGGCGAGUUAAUGACAAAAUUAUUUAAUCAGCUCGAAGAGCAGCAUCACUUCCAGAUAGAGAAGAUGCUGGUGGACAGACUGCAGCAGGAUUUUGUCGCUGACUGGUGCUCCGAGGGAGAGUGCCUGGCAGCCAUCCGUUCCACCUACAACACUUCAGGGUAUAUUCUGGACCCACACACUGCUGUUGCAAAAGUGGUUGCAGACAGGAUGCAAGACAAAACUUGCCCAGUGAUCGUCUCAUCGACGGCUCAUUACUUGAAGUUUGCACCUGCUAUCAUGCAGGCUUUAAAGAUUAAAGAAAUCAACCAGGCUUCAUCAAGUCAGCUUUAUUUACUGAGUUCCUACAAUGCGUUGCCUCCGCCGCAUGAAGCCUUAUUAGAGAGAAUGAAACAGCAAGAGAAGAUGGAGUACCAGGUCUGUGCAGCGGAUGUCAAUGUCCUGAAGAAUCAGGUGGAAAAACUGAUACAAAAUCAAUUUGUAUAACGAUGUUUUGAGUAAAAAAUUUUUUUUUUCCUGGUGAUAGGCGUGCAAAAAUAAAUCCCAGACAUUGAUCUGCAGUACAAUAGCAUUUUCAUUUUUCAGUAAAUAUAUCUACAUGAAGAUCCAUUAUCUUUUGGAAUUUCAAGUAACCUGAUCUCUGUAACUGAACAUUGUACCCGCACAUGCUCCUUGGAACCUUAUAAUCUGGAAGUCAAAAUGGUAGCAUAGUGCAUGGAUCUUUGUGUUGGGCUGUGUUUUGCCCUCGUGAGGGAUUUAUCAGUUUUCACGUCCUCAUCCCUACUUUGAAAUGGAUCAGAAUGUCUGGUAUUCAACUUGGCAAUUAGAAUAUUUAAGCAUAGUUGUUAAGGAAUACAUCUGUAACCAUUACUGGUUUUCUAUUGACUAGAAAGAUGAUUUAUCAUUCAAAUGGCUAUCUUGUAUGGAAGAAGAAGUAAGUUCAUCUAAGACAGGGCCAGUGUUUUUACCUCUCUUCCAAGUCCCAUUGUGGACUACAACUAAUUAUACGCGUCCUGCACCAUCCAAAUUAGAUAAGUGCUCUGUUCUUUGGAUGGUUGUACUUAGGGUGAUGUAUUUUGAAAAUCAAGACACAUAAUUUAAAUCUAGGAUAUAAUCAUCAACAUAACUACUUAGUGGUGGAUAUAGAAGUAAAAUUAUCUAUUUCAUGAGAAAAGUUUUCCAAAAUUCAGAGUACUUCAAUAGUCUUAAGUAUAUUUAUAGUAUAGGUAGCAGUUUUUCUAUAUUAUUUGGAGUCCAUUCCUGUGUAAUUUGUCUGUGGUCUCUCUCUUCGAUGAACAUUGUCUUUUUUGGCAACUGAAGUCACACAAAAUUGAAAACACACAUAUCUAUCUAGCUUUUCUUUCCUUGUAGUAAUACUAAUUUUAACCAUGAUUUACCUUUGUGAAUUUACUGGAUAUUUUUUUUCUGAAUUAAAGAUUGUUACUCAGAGGAUUUUUAAUGUAAUGGACUACCCUCAACCACAAGAUGGCAUUCCUAACAUAAUUUGUCUUUGCUGAUAAUAUCCUGCUUCAUUUUCUAGUUCAUUUUCAUAUUCAUGGAAAUCCAUGGAACUACCUCCAUGAAGAAACAUACUAAAAGUUGUAAAGAAAAAAUUUUAAUGGUUUAAUGAGCAGAAACAAUUGGUUUAAAAAAUACUAAAAAUCAAACUGAUUUUGUGUUAACAUUGGAUGUGGUUUGGCUUCUCCAAAGUAAGUUCUAAAACCAAAAAUUGAAAACCAGAAGCAGGGACAAGAAAAUCAUGGAGGAUUCAAUUCAGUUAUUCCUGUGUUCUUGGUUUUUUUUUUUUUUCCUUUUACUUUUAAGAGUAUCUGUUUAAGUAGAUGACAUAUUUUAAAAAUGGAACAAUGAACAGCUAAAUGUUUACUGUAAGAGACUGCACUAUUUUUCUGAGAGGGGGAGCACAGUGCUAAAAAAAAAAAAGUUAUUUCUGUCUCAAGAACUGUAGCUAGGGAAACCACACACACAAUAAUGAAGCCAUG